AUGUAAAAACAAUAAGAUGAAUAGCAAGAUGGUUUUGUGAGUUUUAUGCUGGAAAAAGAGGAUUCUUAACUAAUUAAUCCUGAUGAAACUUUUCUAUAUUAAAACAAUAACUAAGACUAUAAUUUAUAAUUGAGUAGACAGUUCUAUGGCUAAAGAAGAGAAGGUAUUUAUGAUACCAAUAUAAAAGCAUAAAAAUCUAAUCAGAUAAACCCAGCAUUGAUAAAAUAAAAAAUUAUAUAAAGAGCUAUUAUUACAAAUAAACAAAGAGGAAAAUUCGCUGCUUCUGUACCGACUGUCAGUGAAUAAUUGCAAAAGGUAUUAGUUUUUUGUAAUAAUCUAUUCCCUAUUAUAGUAAAUCUAAAAGCUCUUAUCGUCAAGUAAACCUAAAAUGUAAACUAAUAUCAAAACUAGCCUUGCCAAUAAAUUUACUUAUAACAAAAAUUUUAACUAAAUAAAAAAUUCUAAUAUCUAACAGCAUCAUUUUUAGCUGAAUUUACCAAUUACAAAUAAAAAAAUUAAUAUAUAUGAACCAAGAACUCAUAGAUUACGAAUAGAAGAUUCUAAUCCUGACUAAUUGAAUCAUUUUACAUAAAAUUCUUAUAGGAGUACAUUAAAUAGUAGUACAAAAAGCACUGCAAAAUUAGAAAAAAUUUAUGAUAUUACCUAUCCAAUUAAAACAGAGAUAGGAGAUGACAAUAAAAUAAAUAUAUUCAAGAUUUCAUAUAGAAAUAAAUAAUAAUGAAAGUAGCAU